CUACACGUCUGCGAACAUCUCUUGAACUCCUCCGACAACAUCUAUCGACUUAUAGACAAACUCACUAUCCCCCUUUCUGCACAUCCUCUGUAGGGGGCAGUAAACACCGCUCACUCAAAGCUCUCACCGAGUGGCUUCAUCAGCCUUGAACAUGAUGGAAGAGCAAGUGGACAGGCUAGUCAAGAAAACAUGGGCAAAAUUCCUAUCUACGCCGACAACUGCCCGAUUGAUGAUCGCCAUCAGCGGGAUUCCGGGGUCUGGAAAGACGUCACUAGCAGGAAUAAUGGCUCGGAGGAUCAAUGAGUUGUACGCCCAGAAAUUUCCAGGAUCACCUCCAGUCGCCAUAUUCGUCCCGAUGGAUGGAUACCAUCUCACACGAGCACAGCUUGCAGCAAUGCCCGAUCCCGCCUUUGCAGCUGCAAGGCGCGGGGCUGCAUUCACAUUCGACCCGGAGAAAUUCUUGCGCUUAGUGAAGCGUCUGCGCGAGGAUCUUGGUCCUGCCACUCAGACUAUUUUCGCGCCGAGCUUUGAUCAUGCGGUCAAGGACCCAGUCGAAGACGAUAUACCGAUAUUAGCUACAUCUCGCGUGAUUUUUUUUGAGGGCAACUAUCUGAGUUUGGACAAGGAGCCGUGGAAUACUGCGGCAUCUUUGAUGGACGAGCUCUGGUUCGUCGAAGUGGACUUUGAGACAGCCAGACACAGGUUGAUUAAGCGACAUGUUGAGGCCGGGAUCGCAAAGGAUGCGGAAGAGGCAGACAAGCGAGCGCGAGAGAAUGAUCUUGUUAAUGGCAGUGAAAUAGUCAACCACCGAAUGCCCAUUCAGGAGGUUAUCAUCAGUAAAGAUGAUGCGACAUGGGAGAGAUGAGUUUAGGUCGAAGAUGGGGUGGGUCGGCUCUCACAAUAAGCUUCAUACGGUGGGUUGAGAAGCUACUAAGUUAGUACUCAACUGUCUAUCCCAUACUUACACGCCCUCUUUUAGCAUCAUUUUCACUGCAUUGGGACAAAGCGAGUCUUGUCUUCUGUUUUCGGGCUGAUUUUGUUUAUGCAAAAUUUCAAGAUAGAUAAGGAUAGGAGUUUGAUAUCUAUAAUUAUAGCUACGAGGUUGAAUUAUUAUAUAAUGCGAUGACUAAUAUUAUCUAUUAAAUCAUCGUCAAGAGACUCAAGCUAUUUAGUUACAUGUCAUUAGCAAUAGUCGAAACCAGGCUGCUUGCUGACAUAGUAUAGCACAAAACAAUGUUCAAAUUGGUCUAUACCCAAUCAGGUGCUUCGUCGCGGAAC